UUCAUUUCCUCUGCUACCGUGACUAAGAUGGAAGGGUUCUUGGAGUCACGGUCCGGGCUUUGGGCCGGGGGUCCGGCUCCGGGGCAGUUUUACCGCAUCCCGCCCACUCCGAGCUCCUUCGUGGAUCCGGCGUCCGCACCCUACGGGGGUCCGAUUACGCGGACCCAGAACCCCAUGGUGACCGGGACCUCGGUCCUGGGUGUCAAGUUCGAGGGCGGAGUGGUGAUUGCAGCAGACAUGCUGGGCUCUUACGGCUCCUUAGCUCGUUUCCGCAACAUCUCUCGCAUUAUGCGAGUUAACGACAGCACCAUGCUGGGUGCCUCAGGAGACUACGCUGAUUUCCAGUAUUUGAAGCAAGUUCUCGGCCAGAUGGUGAUUGAUGAGGAGCUGUUGGGAGAUGGACACAGCUAUAGUCCUAAAGCUAUUCAUUCCUGGCUGACCAGGGCCAUGUACAGCCGCCGCUCCAAGAUGAACCCCCUCUGGAACACCAUGGUCAUUGGAGGCUAUGCUGAUGGAGAGAGCUUUCUCGGUUAUGUGGACAUGCUUGGUGUAGCCUAUGAAGCUCCUUCGCUGGCCACUGGUUAUGGCGCGUACUUGGCUCAGCCUCUGCUGCGAGAAGUUCUGGAGAAGCAGCCAGUACUGAGCCAGACUGAGGCCCGAGAGCUAGUGGAACGCUGCAUGCGAGUGCUGUAUUAUCGAGAUGCCCGUUCUUAUAAUCGGUUUCAAGUCGCCACUGUAACAGAAAAAGGUGUUGAAAUAGAGGGACCACUGUCUGCUGAGACUAACUGGGAUAUUGCCCACAUGAUCAGUGGCUUUGAAUGAAUACAGAUGCGUUAUCUGGGAACUGAAGUUGUACCCUUCUUUUAACUUUGAACUUGGCUGGUUCAGAGGUAGAUUUUUGUAAAAUAAAUAAAUUCUUCAAAACGC